CACGAGCACACGACACAGGCGCCACCACUGGCGGCCGAUGGUUGCUGCCUCUCGCCGCUGCCGCGCGCAGGCGAGCCGAUCGAACUAGCGGCGGUUCUCAGCAAGCAUCCCGCGAGCAAGCCCUCUCCCCGGCGCCCGGCAUAAUGGGUGCUGGAAGGAAGACUGAGACUUUCUAUGCUGGAACACCUAAUACAGUGGUGCAAACUCAAACCAAUUCAUCGUACGGGACUUAUUCUAAUGCUGCUCGUAAUCUCCGGGAAGAUGAGCUGGGAGGAGUGAUUUUUGGCUGCAAGAACAACACGAUGAAUGAAUGUCUCUCUAAACAGUUGUUUGGUUUGCCUUCAGGCCAUUUCACAUAUGUGAAGAAUGUUAAACCGGGCAUGCCUUUAUUUCUGUUCAAUUAUAGUGACCGGAAAAUGCAUGGAAUUUUUGAGGCUGCAUGUGCUGGCCAGCUUAACAUUGAUCAAUUUGCUUGGAGUGAUGGUGGUAGAAUAAAGACACAAUUCCCUGCACAGGUCCUCAUCUCUAUGAAGACUCAGUGUUAUCCAGUUCCAGAGUCUCACUUCAAAAGUGUGAUCAGUGACAAUUAUCAUAGACCUCGGCACUUCUACUUUGAGCUAGACCAUGCACAAACAAGAGCUUUGAUAUCUUUGUUUAAACCUGCCCCUGUUCAUGAUGUUACAAACAAAUGGGAUACUUCCAGAUAUCUUCAAUCUCCAACAACCAAAGCAUAUCAUAAUCCUGGUCCAACAAAGUCAGAGUCUUAUGCAAAGGAUCUUGAUCCAUUUGGUGUUUCUUCUGAAUCACAUUGCAUCGCCCCUUACAAGUUGGUUGAUCCAGAUGGUGAAUAUGCUAGUGCUAGUAGAACAUCAACGAGCCACCUUGAUGAGGAGUCUUCUAACUGGGAUGAUUUGGAUCCUGCUUCAACCAAGGAAGGAACAGAAUCUGUCAAUGAUGACCAUCCACACAUUAAUCCACCGUAUGAAGAACAGCAUGACACAGUGGCUGUUAGGCAGAAAUUACAAGAGCUGUUUGUUUUACAACAGCAGGAGGUCCAAUCCUCCACGGACACUGUUGAUUCUGCUCCAGAUAAAUCAAUGCCUCAAGAAGCACAGUUUAAUGCUGCUCUCCCAACAGACCCACCUGAUUCCACCUCAAAGGAUGAUGCACCCAUUGAAGACCCGACAUCAUUGGGAGAAUGUCAUGGAAAUGCUGAGCUGCUCCACAUCAUCAAUGAGUUAUCCAAGAGGACCUGGGCAAUAGAGAAAAAGCUGGUUGAGUCAGAUAAAGAAAAACUGUUUCUGAGGGAAUCAGUAAAGAACACAGAAAGUAGAGUUCAGCAGCUGGAAUACCAGUUUGAGAAACUACAAUUAAACUAUAACUCUUUAGCGCCACUCCUUGGUAGACCACAUGAUAAUGUGGAAGGACCAUCAGUAUUCCUACUAGGUGGGUACAGGGGUAGUACUUGCUUGUCAUCACUUGACGCAUUUUGCCCCAGAACAGACAGACUAGUGCCGUUAUGUCCAAUGAGCUCAGCCCGUGCAUAUGCAGCUGUUUCUGCACUGAAUGAUCGUAUCUAUAUUUUUGGUGGUGGGAAUGGCAGUUCAUGGUUUCACUCAGUGGAAUGCUAUAGCAGGGAAGGAAACAGGUGGAUGACAUGCCCACGCUUGAAACAUGCGAAAGGGAGCCUUGCUGGGACUAUGUUGAAUGAUAAAAUAUUUGCAAUUGGUGGAGGAGAUGGAUCUGCAGUUUUUUCAGAAGUUGAGAUGUUUGAUCCAGCACUUGGGAGAUGGAUAGAUAGUCUGUCUAUGCGGCAAAAUCGAUUUGCUCCUGCUGCAGCCGCAUUUAAUAGCGCGCUCUAUGUAACUGGUGGUUAUGAUGGCAACAUGUACUUACAAUCAGCAGAAAGGUAUGAUCCAAGGGAAGGUUUCUGGGCCCUGCUUCCAAGUAUGAGCGUGAGAAGAGGAUCUCACUCGGUCGCUGUCUUGGGGGAAGCCCUAUAUGCUGUGGGAGGGUAUGAUGGAAGCAACAGGAUAUCUACCAUAGAGAUUUUUGACCCGCGCACCAAUUCAUGGAGAAUAGGCAGCCCAUUCAGCAUCGCCAGAGGAUAUGGAUGUGCGGUUACAAUGGAUGAUAAUUUGUUCUACAUUGGUGGGGUCAACGAUGCUGGAGAAACUGUCGAUACUGUGGAAGUUUACAACGAGAGGCAAGGCUGGUCGAUCUCCGGUUGCCAAUCAAUAGGGAGGAGGGCCUUCGCCUGUGCUACUGCCAUUUGAUAGGAUGGCAGGUCCAUAUCCUGCCAUCUUCUCCGGUAUCAUUGUGAUACCUCGGUCAGAGAAUACAUCCCCCCAAAAGUCACCGUGUUGAGAAAAAUUUUGCCCCCCCACCCCCCGACACACACCCCACCCACCCCCACUGAUAUACAGAACACGCUCCCUCUUCUGUGCAUGUUUCAGAACCGACAGGUUUGACAGCCGCAGUAUAACACCACCAAGUGGCUAAGGCCACCCGUAGCAUGCUACUGCUAUGCGUCCGUUCAGAUAGUUUGCUGAUGUUGUGGCAAUUUUGAUAAACUAGACAUGGUAUGUUAUAACAUGUAGAUGGCGAGGGAACAAAUUAAACUGUUCAUGAUCCGUGGGUGUUUUCAGAAAUUGGAAACGUGCAUGACGAGAUCUUUGCAGCA